AUGGGUUCAUCGAAACGACAAAAUACUGUGGCCGAUUCAUCCAGAAGGCCCGGCUGUCCAGUACCGUUACCAGGAGGUUGUUUGAGAGGAUUUCCGCUUCCAGAGUCCUUUGAAGAUGGUGUUAAAAUGAAGUGUAGUAAUGCGACUUGUAAACAUCAGGAUCAACUGAUACAUGCAGAAUGUUUUCACGCUUUAGAAGAUAAUCUUAUCAAAAUUAUGAGUAACAUUGGGUCAGCUCGAGGCUGGACGGAAACACAACGUCGGUCCAAUUUAUGGGAUAAGAAAGGUCUAACACUGAUUCAGAAAAAGUGCCGUUGUCCUUGUGGUUUAGGACUGAUGUCUUUGGAUGAAAAUGCGAUGUUUCUUGCGCGGCAAAAUGCAACUAGCACCACAGGGACACAUACGAAGGCGAAAAAAGGGAAGAAUAAAAAUCUUCCAAAGUUGAAUUUUGGUAGCGGCUCUGCUGCAGGUUCAUCCAGUGGGAAGCACAUAAGUCGUCGGGAGAACAAAAGAAAAGCAAAUCCUCGGUCAGAGUCGAAUAACAGUUCGCGUUCUGCAACGUCGGCGCUGAAAACGGACUACAGACAUGAUGUAACUUUUGUUUUUAGUUUUACGUUUGAAAUAUUUGGUCGGUGUUCUACUUUAGAGUUUCCAGGUCUGGGUGAUGAUAAAUCUUGUCCUUCAGCGCCAUGUGUUAUUACUUCAAAGAAGAGUGACAUUUCAUUAAGCUAUGCAGCAGCGACUUCUUCAAAACCCAGUGAAGAAACCGUUCCAUCAAACAAAACGGCUUAUCGGGCAACUUCAACUCCCCUGUGUAGUAGAAGUAUUGAGAGGAAAAUUACUCAAGCAUCAGUAUCUUGUGAUCUCGCUAUCGAAGCGUCUACUAAUUUGACGUCAUUUAGUGAUGAGCGCCGGCAAGAAAAACGAUUUUUGCAUGGUGCUAUGACGCCGGAAUCUCAACAAGAAAACGAUGACUACAGCGAGUGUGCAACAGGCCUCUCGUAUCCCUCUCAAAGAAAAUAUGGUAGCGAAAGUGGUCAUUAUGCAGAUAGUGGCUUGGAAGUAGAUGUUUCUGUAGUGAUGUUUUCCCCCUCACUGUCGUCUCCUUCUGACCGGGACUAUGACAGUAUGCAUCAACCGGUUAGCCCGUCUGACAUUUCGGAGAGUUCUGCCCAAAAUGGAAGAUAUGACCUUUUCGCUGGUCCUUCGUUUUUCCUUGGCGAACUUCUUGUCGCUGAUAUUCACCUACCGGGUGCUUAUUAA